GCGAAAUAUCGCGAGAUUCCACCGCGGAAUGUUUUGAAACCAGGCAACUUCGCUUUGCUCGAGAUUUCUUAAUUAUUGAAGUUGCCUUCGGUUUAAAAGUGCUUUUUAAAAAAAAUAAUUAAUGAUCGAUGGUCUCCUAGACUCCUUCUCUAAAAACGAUUCUCUUGACCUAGCGAAGCUUCCAGGUUCAAAGUAGGACGUUACUUUGCCAGAAGUGAAGAUGGUGUCGCCUCUGAAUUUGGGCGAAAUUGAAGCGAGAGUGCCCUAUUCCAAAAUGGCUGCCGAGACCGACAGUCCGGUGGAGAAGCGUCUUCUUUCGUUUCCGCUGUGGUUUGGGACCCCGAGUGAGAAAGUGACCUGUCCUUAUGAUGCUAAUCAUCAAAUGCCUAAAUCUUCCUUGGAGAAACAUAUGAUAUCCUGUAGAUUGAGGAAACUAGACUAUUCUAAAGAGGAAGAGGCUGAAAUGUAUGAUUCUACUUUUUUCUAUGACAAAGGCAAAAUUCCUAAAGUUCAAAUGGACAAAGAUUUGCAGUUUGACAUUAUUAAAAAAGCCAUGGCCAAAGAGUGUGGAAAUUAUUGCUCAGGAACUUAUUCAUCUCAGCCUGCGGAAGUUCCACAAAACCACAAGCGUUACGUCUGUGAUCUGACCCAAGCUGACCGCCUUGCAAUUUACGAUUAUGUCCUUGCAGAGACAAAGAACCAGAGGUCAAGAUCUCAAUCGACAGAAAAUGACAGUGAUCUCUUUGUAGAUUUGGCAGCAAAAGUCAACCAAGAUGAUGGCCAGAAAGGUCCAAAAUCUCAUCUUGAAAUUCUUGCAGAGAUGCGGGAUUAUAAAAGACGGCGGCAAUCGUACAGAGCUAAGAAUGUUCAUAUAACAAAGAAAUCCUACACAGAGGUAAUCAGAGAUGUGAUUGGUGUACACAUGGAAGAACUUACCACUCAUUGGCAGGAGGAGAACAGAAAUAUUGGGGUUCAUGAAGAUGAAAAAUCCUCUUUUUCAGCAAAGUCUUCAGGAAGUAAGGAAGAGCGAAGAUCUGCAUCAGCUGAUUCAAGGCAGUCUUGUGGAAGUUCAAAAGAUAUUGAUUAUACUCGACAUAGGAGGAAUUCAAGUAGAAGUCCAGGCAGACGGAAAAGAAGUCGAGAAAGAGAAAGAGAGAGAGAUUCCCGAAGGAAAAGAGAUAGAGAUGAAGGAAAGCAUCAUAAAAGAAGAAAAUAAUACUUGCAUUUCUAUUACAAGAGAUGAGGCAAACCAAGUUGUAUCUGUUUAAUUCCAGUAACAUAUCUCACUGACAACUAAGAUGUUAGCUACUUUAAUAAAUAUCAUUUGAAAUCUCUA